UCCCCCCUUCGCGUCCUUCCCCAGUCACCCCAUGCCCUAGGCUAGGGCGCCCUCGCCGCCAUCUCCACCGCACCAGUGGUGCGGCACCACCUCCCGCUUCCAAUCCCAUGGAGCCACCGUCGCUGUCGUGUUUCUCGAAGAGGCCGUCGUCCAAGGACAUCGCCGGCGACCGAGCCAAGCCUUGCGAGGAUGACUCCUCUGCUCUCUCCCCUAUCCUGCCGACGCCCUCUUCAGCUCCUGCUCCUCCGCCGCCGUCAAAGGGGAUAGCCGGGGACCAAGCCGAGCCCUGCGUGGCUGCUCCCUCCCCGAUCCCGGUGAUGGCCUCUUUGGCCCCUGCUCCCCCGCCUCCUCCUAUUCUACCCCAAGAUUUGAUGGAAGUUACCAUGGGUGAUGUCGAUGACCAAAUGGUGUUGACGAUCGACAAGCAAGCUGAAAAGUGGGAAGCCAUGGAGCAGGAACAACAUGUGUGGAAUGCUAUCGAUGAGGAACGGAAGCGGAAGGAAAAACGAAGGCAUAAGACGAGAAAGAAAAGCCUGGAAGAGAAGAGGAAAGAGAAGAGGAAAGAGAAGAGGAAGAAGCAAGAGAAGAAGAGGAAAAACCAGGAGGAGGAGUUGCAGGAGGAGGAGGAGUUGCAGGGGAAGAGGAAACAUGCUCGUUCAAUGAACUGUUCUGAAUUUGUUCAAGGAGCUACAACAGAGGAGCUACAGAGACGAGAUUCUCCACCUAUGACACAUAGUCAAAGAGCGACAAGAUCACCAUUGGUAAGGUCACCGGUGGCGAGCACGUGGAGAUCUUCCCUUGGUCUUCUAGCAAGAGUUGCAUCCUCAAAAAGGGGCAGGUCUCCCUCAACGAGGAUUGCAAGUUCCCCAUUGGAGGAGAGGGCAAAUUCGUCCGCGAGAUCACCAUCUAUCUUAGGAUCCCCUUCUCCAGUGACUACUCCAUUUGGAGGCUCAAAAAUUAAUCAUCCACAUGUCUGCAAGACAAGAAGGCUAACUUCUGCUGUUUGGAGGGAUUUCAAACCAAUGUACUUUCUGGUUCAAGUUAUUCUACCUCAAAUUUGUACUUUCAUCAAAUCUGGAAUGUGAGGUUAUUGCUGCGGAAGGAAGCUUCAACAAAGGAUGAAGUCGUUCGAGCAAUGGUUGGAGAGAUGCAAAAAAAGUUUGAUAAGUAUUGGAUGGAAUCAUAUUUGCCAAACUGUAUUCCUGUGAUCCUUGGUCCACGAUUUAAACUUUGCUUCAUCGAGUUUCGACUAAAACAAGCUUUUGGUCCAGAUGUAGAAAGACUCUUGCUUACAGUGAAAGAAGUUCUUGACAACCUUUUCGAAGAAUAUUCUUCACAAAUGACGGAUGCAUUGGAUGAGUCAGCACCCCGACAAAAUUUGAUGAGGUUGUGAAUGAAGAGAAUGAUCCGUUGGCGGAUUGGGACCAACACUUGAAUAAGAAGCAACGCCAAACUACUAGUGAGCUUGCCAGAUACUUAGAAGAAGACACAUUCACUCGCACGGAGGAUUCAACAUUCUUCAAUGGUGGCAUCUUCACUCGUCUAAGUAUCCCAUCCUUUCUUGUAUAGCUUGUGAUGUUCUUGUUGUACAAGCUUCCGUCGUAUCGUCAGAGUCGGCUUUCAAUACCGGAAAGCGUUUGAUCAGCGAUUACAGAAGUAGAUUGUGCAGCGAGACAGUGGAAGCCUUAAUCUGCCUUCAAGAUUGGUUUAGAUGUAAUGGUAAGCAUGCCAAUACUCCUGAUCAAGGUCACUACUAUUAACUGAGGUUGAGAUGUUUCUGGAGAAAAAAUCAGUUGAGUGGACCGAAGAUGAGGCCAAUCCUGGGACCAUUCUGAUUCCGAUUAAUCAAGUGAAAGACCAGUGAGCAUAGCUUUGUGAAAGCUGACAGAAGAAUGGAAGAUGCUCUUAGCUGAUAGUUUUAUCAUUUGGUGCCGUUUUGAGUCUAGGACUCUAGGUGCUUUCUGUUAAUUUUGGGAUAUGAAGGAUGGGAAGUGUGUUGCAUAUUCCUUUUUGUUCACAUACAGGAAAUAUUUCUGCUGCUUUGAUAGGUGUUUUUAGUUAAGUUGCCGUUGCUUUGUGGAUUUUGUUAUUCUAGAGGCGACUACUAAAUGAAGCUCGAACUCACUAGUGAUAAUUAGUAGCGAUCGUUAUGUCAAUGUGGGCUAAUAUUAUCCAUUUUCACUUUGUAUCUACUGCCAUUUGUUUUU